AUGAUUCUUAGACGUCACAAUUAAAAUUGCUCGGCUGGUAUCAAAGAGCGUAUAUACGCUUGGAAUUUUCUUGAGACACUACCAGCGACUCCUCUGUCCUCUUACUAGAGCAGCACUCCCUUCCUCCCGCCCCUCCGCUGUGACAUCAUUUUUUCUUCGCCGCUUGUGCCUUCAGGUCGUGUGCCACCGUCACAUCGUCGCUCGACAUCUUCUACUAGCUCUAGAGGCUACGGCGCAUCAUGGUCGCAACGGGCGCAAAGCCCUGGACUCUACCAGAGUAUGCAGGUCCUCACAAGGUCGGCACGCGACUGCUGGAAGUCCCAGUAGAUGAAAGACACCGCAUCACACUACCCUUCUGCCCACAGCUGCGCACCUUAAAGCUGCGCAUCUUUUAUCCAACAGCAGACACGGCUGCGUGUGAAACGAGCGACUCUUCGCGACCUUUGUGGGCGACAAAGGAACAGAUUGCUGGAUUUGCGACAUUUGCAGGAUUACCCGGUGGUGCAACAUUCUUACACGCGCCACUCUCGUACCUGCUCUCUGAUAUCAAGACACCUGCAUAUACGGAUGCGCCGCUCCUGUCAUCAGAGCAUAAACGGCCAUUCAUUGUGUUCAGUCCCGGCUUGGGCGGUACGGAUCAAUUGUACAGCGCCAUGUGCGGCAACCUCGCUUCAUUCGGGUUGAUUGUGUUUGCUAUGGAACAUCGCGAUCAUUCAGCCAGUUCUACAAUCAUCAGAGAAGUUGGAAGGCCAGAUGAGCAUGUAUCAUACUACUCACCAGUCAAGCAGGAAUUGCUGGAGAACAGGCAGCGCAGCACGUACAUGCUGGCGCAUCGUUGCUUUGAAUUGAGACUACUUGUUGAUCUGCUACGAAGAGGCGCAAUUAUGGAGCAGGACUCUUUGGACUGGGACAAGUUCACACUCAUGGGUCAUUCGUUCGGUGGUGCGACACUCAUUCAAGCACUCGAUAUCAGUUCACAGCCAUUGCUUGACUUACAAGGCAAUGAGAUCCACUUGCCCUCUAACGAUUUAGACUUGCAAGCAUUGCCAAAAGUUGCCAUUGCACUUGACCUCUGGACACAACCUCUGCCGUCGCAUGUGGAUGUACGCGUCCCCCUUCUCCAUCUCGUUUCUGAAGAAUUUGCCGCAUGGCCCAGCAAUCACGACAGGUUGCUCGAUUACUGCACUGUCUUUGAAGCAGCUCGCAAAGUCUGUGACAGUUCACUCGACGACAUCGAAGAGACCGUUUCUGAGGGUGUGAAUGCAGAGAUGGAGUACAUUGUCAUCAAGGACUCCCUUCAUCUCUCACAAUCUGAUGCAGGAUUGUUGUUUCCACGACUGGUCACACUACUAGCACGGAAAGGACGCUCUCCUCGUCGUGUGUUGCUGGACAAUGUGCAUCAAGCAUUGAUAUUCUUGGAUCGAUAUGGUGUAUUGGUGUAUGACGACGCAUUGGCGCAGUACAGCAGUAGUCAGCCAGUCACGCCAUCCGGGUCUCCUCGAACUAGUUUGGAACAAGCGAAGGAUGUUGCGGGUCUUAAGCAGGAUACGAUGGAGGCAUCGAAUAGUUGGUGGAAUUGGUUGGCGUCUGCUCCUACGCAAUCCAUCAAGACACGACUAUCAGUCUCUGCGUGAAUUGCAUAGGGGUAAUGAUCUUUUUUUGAGAGUUACAGAAGGGAGCGCAUGGCACGAGAUCGAUUUCACUUAGCAAA